ACUCAUUUAUCGUCUUCUCCGCUUGAAGUCACACACAGAAGCUCAACUACUUUCAUCUUUACAUAUCCAUAUUUUCAGGUUGCCUUUUCCUUCUGGCUGGUAAUCGGGGGUGACUUUGAUAAAUAUAGACUUAUUAACUGUUUUAUCAAGUGUUUGCCACUGGCCAUCGCCUCUGUAAGCUUGCCUUUGGAUUGUAGCCAUAACGCCCAACCUUCUUCUCUAAAAAACUAGAAAUGGUCGAUAAACUUCACUGACAAACACAAUUCUAAUAAACCCUACCAUAUCUAUGUCUCAACUUAAGCUUUCAUUGUGGGUAUCUUCAGAUCACCUAAUUCGUGACACCAAUCAUAUUUUUGUCCAACAUCAUUUGAGAUUAUACCAAUCCAAUAACUCCCGCUCUUCAAGAUUAUCAAAUUUCUCAGCAAUCAACUGCAAUCUUCGUGAUCUCCGCCAGCGUAUUGCCACCGUGAAAAACACACAGAAAAUCACCGAGGCAAUGAAACUUGUAGCUGCUGCAAAGGUCCGGAGAGCUCAAGAGGCAGUAGUUAACGGCCGACCGUUCUCUGAAGCACUGAUUGAUGUUCUCUACAGCAUCAACGAACAACUCCAAUCAGAAGAUGUUGACAUACCCUUAACAUCCAUUAGACCUGUCAAGAAAGUUGCGCUCGUUGUAAUAGCAGGAGACAGAGGUCUUUGUGGAGGCUUUAACAAUUUUGUUCUUCGAAAAGCCGAAACCAGAAUCGCCGAAUUGAAGAAUCUUGGACUUGAUUAUACCGUUAUUAGUGUAGGUAAAAAGGGUAAUUCCUAUUUCAUACGGCGACCUAAUAUUUCAGUUGAUAGGUUCAUUGAAGGGGAAGGUUUUCCAACUGCAAAAGACUCCCAAGUGAUUGCUGAUGAUGUGUUUUCGUUGUUUGUAAGUGAAGAAGUUGAUAAGGUUGAGCUUUUGUACACAAAGUUUGUUUCUUUGGUUAAAUCGACUCCUGUGAUUCAAACACUGCUUCCAUUGUCUGCUAAAGGCAAGAUCAUUGAUGGGAAUGGUAAUUCUGUUGAUGCAAGUGAAGAUGAAUUCUUUAGGUUGACUUCAAAAGAGGGGAAACUCAGUGUAGAGAGGGAUAAAACGAUGAGUAAAAGUGAUGGGUUUUUGCCAAAUAUGGAGUUUGAACAAGAUCCUGUUCAGAUUCUUGAUGCAUUGAUGCCUCUUUAUUUGAAUAACCAGAUUUUGAGGGCGCUACAGGAAUCGUUAGCAAGUGAGCUUGCUGCCAGGAUGAAUGCAAUGAGCAAUGCUACCGAUAAUGCAGUUGAAUUAAAAAAGGAUCUUCAAAAUGUUUAUAACCGUCAAAGACAAUCUAAGAUAACCAAUGAAAUACUAGAGAUUGUUGCUGGAGCUGAAGCACUUUUGUAGCUAAAUUCGUCUCAAAGUGGAUUCUGUUGUGACAUUUUGUUGUACUUGUGAAAGUAUUAUAGUGUUUGAGUUGGAUUUUAGAAUCGAUGAAGAGGAUUUUGUUAGGUGGAAUUCAAAAUGAGGUUUUUAAUGGUUUCGUGCAUUGCCUCUUUUUUGAUA